AUGGCCGUCUCGUCUACGAUAUUUUCCUCCGCCUCAAUCCCCACCUUCCAAUGCCGUUCUGAUCCAGAUCUCGUCGGCUCCCCAAUCGGAGGCUCAUCAUCAUCAUCAUCCCGCCGCCAUUUCAACGCCACCGCCGGAAUCACAUCGCCAUUCACCGGCGACGGUCGCAUAUCCUCGAUGAUCCUACGCUUCCCUCCCAAUUUCGUCCGUCAGCUGAGCAUCAAAGCCCGCAGAAACUGCAGCAACAUCGGCGUCGCGCAGAUCGUGGCUGCUAAGUGGUCCAACGACCACGCCUCCGGUUUACCACCGGCGGCGGCGGCUGCAGCAGCUUCGUCUGCUUCCGCCGCCGCCGCCUCGGCCCCUGCGGCUGCCUCCUUUCCUCCCGUCGUUGACGUUGACGAGGAGGUUGUGGCGGCCGAGGGGGUUAGGGAGAUAGGUAGUGUACAGUUGAAGGAUUCAGAAUCCUCAUUUUUGAGCUCUGAUGGGAGCUUGGCUGUUCAUGCUGGUGAAAGAUUAGGUCGUGGUAUAGUUACGGAUGCUAUCACUACUCCUGUGGUCAAUACAUCUGCCUACCACUUCAAGACUACUGAUGAGCUUCUUGACUUCAAGGAGAAACGGAGUGUCAGUUUCGAGUAUGGUCGUUAUGGAAACCCUACGACUAUCGUUCUUGAGGAGAAGAUAAGUGCACUUGAAGGUGCUGAAUCAACCUUGGUUAUGGCUUCUGGGAUGUGUGCAAGCACUGUUAUGCUUUUGGCUUUGGUUCCUGCUGGUGGACACAUUGUUACUACUACUGAUUGUUACCGGAAGACUAGAAUUUUUAUGGAGAAUUUUCUUCCCAAGAUGGGGAUCACUGUUACUGUGAUUGAUCCUGCUGAUAUUGCUGGUCUUGAAGCUGCUGUGAAUAACUACCAAGUUUCUCUUUUCUUCACUGAGUCUCCAACAAACCCAUUCCUUAGAUGUGUCGACAUUGAGCUAGUUUCAGAGAUAUGCCACAAAAGGGGAACUCUUGUUUGCAUUGAUGGCACCUUUGCAACACCACUGAAUCAGAAAGCACUUGCUCUUGGUGCUGAUCUUGUCGUCCACUCUCUUACAAAGUACAUCGGAGGACACAACGAUGUUCUUGGAGGAUGCAUCUGUGGCCCACUGAAGGUGGUUUCUGAAAUUCGCAAUCUGCAUCAUGUGUUGGGAGGCACACUUAACCCGAACGCUGCGUACCUAAUCAUCCGAGGCAUGAAGACAAUACAUCUUCGUGUAAAGCAACAGAAUUCAACUGCCUCAAGGAUGGCCGAAAUUUUAGAGGCACAUCCUAAGGUGAGUCAUGUAUACUAUCCAGGCCUUGCAAGUCACCCAGAGCAUCACAUUGCCAAGCGCCAGAUGACUGGUUUUGGAGGUGUGGUCAGUUUCGAGAUUGAUGGAGACAUUGAAGCUACGAUAAGGUUUGUGGAUUCUCUCAAGAUCCCUUACAUCGCACCAUCUUUUGGUGGCUGCGAAAGCAUCGUGGACCAACCAGCCAUCAUGUCUUACUGGGAUCUGACACAGGAGGAGAGGCUAAAGUAUGGAAUAAAAGACAACUUGGUUCGUUUCAGCUUUGGAGUUGAAGACUUUGAAGAUGUCAAAGCUGAUGUUCUUCAAGCUCUCGAAGCCAUCUGA